ACACGCUAAUCUUAAUUAUAUUAUUAUAAAUGUAUGUUGGUUGAACAAAUGAACCAAAUUAAAAUGAUCUCUCAAAUGGUAAAGCUUGAAAAUGGAUACACUAGUUGUUACUGUUGUGCGGCUCUCUUCUUGUUACUGCUAUUAUUAUCAUGGCAUUGGAGCAGAAACAAGAAGACCGGUGACGGGAUCCCUCCGGGUAACGGAGGAUUGCCAUUUGUGGGAGAGACACUGCAGUUCAUGGCUGCCAUCAAUAGCACCAAAGGAGUAUAUGAAUUUGUCCGACUCCGCCACCUCUGGCAUGGCAGUUGCUUCAAGACCAACUUGUUCGGAGAAACACAUGUUUUUGUUUCUAGCACAGAUUCAGCCAAAGCAAUUCUAAACAACGAGGGAGGCAGAUUCUCAAAGAGGUACAUAAAAUCUAUAUCAGAGCUUUUGGGACACCAUAGCUUGCUCUGUGCUGAUCACCACCAUCACAAGCUCAUUCGUGGCCGUCUCCUCACUCUGUUCUCAACGGAUGCUUUGUCCUCCUUUGUUCAAAUGUUCGAUGUCCUCGUUCUUGAAGCCAUGAGUACCUGGCCUUGUGGACCCGUUCUUCUCAUCCAACAUGAAGCAUUCAAGCUAGCAUGUAAGGCAAUGUGUAAAAUGCUGAUAAGCAUGGAGAAUGGCUAUGAACUAGUGAUCAUGCAGAAGAGCAUUGCUCAUUUAUGUGAAGCAAUGCUUGCAUUACCCUUGAGGUUGCCAUGGACUAGAUUCUCCAAUGGCCUACAGGCUCGGAAAACAAUUAUGGAAAUAUUGGAGAAGGAGAUUAGUGAAAGAAGAAGUGGAAUAAGAAGAACUAAUGAGAAAGUAGAUUUUCUCCAACAACUUAUAGAAGAAGAUGAUGAUAACAAAUUAAACGAUGAAGAGAUCAAAGACAACAUCUUAACUAUGAUGAUUGCAGGACAGGACACAAUCGCUAAUGCAAUGACAUGGAUGGUCAAAUUUGUGGACGAGAAUCAAGAGGUCCUUAACACGCUUAAGAAGGAGCAACUACAAAUUGAGAAAAAUGGCAGAACAAGAAGGGAUAAUCUUACAUUAGAGGAUCUCAAUGAGAUGCAAUAUGCUUCUAAGGUUGUGACAGAAGCGUUAAGGAUGGCAUCUGUGGUACAGUGGCUUCCCAGGGUAGCACUCCAAGAUUGUGAGAUUCAAGGAUUUAAAAUCAAGAAAGGGUGGAACGUUGAUAUUGAUGCUAAAUUCAUACACUUUGAUCCAACUAUAUACAAUGAUCCACAUGUAUUCAAUCCUUCUAGAUUUGCUGAUGAGUUUAAACCAUACAGCUUCCUAGCUUUUGGGAUGGGAGGAAGGACGUGCCUUGGGAAGAACAUGGCUAGAGCCAUGAUGCUGGUGUUCCUCCACCGUCUCAUCACCACUUACAAGUGGAAGGUGAUUGAUUCAGACUCAAGUAUUCAGAAAUGGGCGCUUUUCUCAAAGCUCAAGAGUGGCUGUCCUGUUCGUUUGACAUCUCUGAAACAGCACUCAAACUAAACAAAAAUUAUGUAAUAAUAUAUUACAUGAUAUAUGAUAAUUAAUAAUUAAGGCUUUCUUUGUAAAUUAACCGUUGGGUAAUUGUCUAGCAAAGUCAUGGUCUAUGCUAAUGUAAGUUGAUGGAAACCAACGUAACAGAGUUUAUAUAGUUUAUAGUGCAAUAAUAUUGCCUGCCAUUAUAUCAAAA